AGUGAACUGCACAGUCGUUUGGAGUGGCUGCACAAACAGACUUACCUUCCAAUUGUCCUCCUGAUUGACGGCCAAGAUUCUAUCUUGGUGAAGCGCCUUUUCCACACCUGCUACAAUGUGAAGUUGAUCAUAUUGUAUGUCCAGAGGGUAGUAAUAUGCCCAUCAAUGACAAGAAGCAGCGUGGAAAUGAGUUUUGGCUCAAGGGUAUUGUUGACAAGGACGAAGCAUUGAGGCUGGAGCGUGUCUUUGCACCUCACUGUAAGCAGGAAAGGAAACAUGCACUGAAGAUUCUUACUGAAGGGGUGGCAGUGCAUCAUGUGUAUGAGUUUGGGCUUACAGCAUAUGAUAAUGAAUACAUGGGUGUAUCAUCUUAUGUGAAGGGAUACCUUGACAUUCCAAAGGAGGGUACUCUGGCGGCAUGGCAGAUUGCUGUCGGGUACUUAGCCCUUGCCUAUUUCUAUGGCCACAUUGGCGUUCCGAAGCAGUUCUUUGCUAAGUUGCUUGGAGUGAGGGAAGAUCACGAUGAGCUUGUCACAACUGAGUAUCUCACCCAUGGGGGGAAGCAGUUUGUGUUUGAGGAGGACAACACAUGGAGAGUCACUCACCACGUUGUUGCCAAAGAGAUCCUUGAGCAGAUCCUCUGUCGUCAGACAGGUAGGCAUGACAAGGAGGGCAGGCUUAGUGAGAAUGCAAGGAAGCACCUGUCUGCAUUUGCCUGCAAGUUCAUCAGAGAGGCAGGGGUAAGGCAGAUGAAGAAUGGCGUGGCUUCCCCGGCUCUCAUGCGUGUCCUGAGGGAUGUUUUCAUCAACAGAGACUACAAGGCCAUGGGACAGGAUGACAUCCAAAGGCGCCAAAUGAUGUCCCCGAUAAUCACAGAUAUCCCUCUCCAUGAUAACAGUAGGGAAAGGCUUGCUGUCUUGCAAGCCUUGACUGAGUGCUUCCCUCGUGAUCCCAACUUUUGGGGACAUCUGGGAAGAUUCUAUGCUAUGUGUAGGGCAUCUGACGAAGAAGCAGAACGGUGCCUUGAAAAAGCGCUCAAUCUUCGUCAGGAGGAGAUCAGGUCCUACCAGUAUGCAAGGAGAAAGGAUGAAGCAAGUGGGGACACUGUCUUGUGUCAAAUUCACCAUAUGUAUGGGAUUCUGUACAGCAGAAGAGUUGCAGAAGCAGUGGGGAGUAAAUUGGGUGACUUCUCCAACUUCUACCAUGACUUUGACCCUAAAAAACAAAACAUCCACGACGUCAUGAAGAAAGUGUCUGAUCUAGCUGUACUUGCGAGGGAUUGCUUUACAAAGUCACGAGAGCUGCUUGUCCCAGGCAUGGAGGAAAGUUUUGGGUACAUUGGGGAGAUCACUUGCCGUUUGCAGAUAGUGGACUUUUUGCAGAGGUUUUAUCCCUCUGGAUACUUUGCCUACCUUGAUGAUGAUGAUGCACCUGGGGACGUUGUGGAAUUCUUGAGCUCUUGCUUCUCUGAGUGUCAUCACCUCAUGGCUGCAUGCUUGGACCGCUGCACAUAUGAAGACCUGAUGAGAAAUGACAGUUUCUUACAGUGCAUUAACUGGUUCAACGUGCUGUUCAAAAAUGCCGGAGAGGCGCUGCAGAGGUGGGAAGGGGCUGACAGUAUUCGAAGCAGAAGAAGCAGGAUUGCUGCCUUGAAGAUCAAACACCACAACCUUACCAAACAGAACAAGAGAACCUUUCUCAGCUUGGAGAACAUCCAUUCCAAGGAUGACAUUGCCCACAUCAUUGAGAUGUUUGAAUGCACUUUUCAAGAGGUCUAUGAGCAGAACCUACCGAUGGACAUCGGUGUGGAGGUGAAAGAUUGGCUGCUGGCUAUUCGACAUGUGUACUGUAGCCAGUCAUAUCCUCUGGAGAAUGUUCUGCUUCAGGUACGCCGUUGGUAUGAAAAGAGUCCCAAGUCCCCUCUCGCUGUGUACUACCUGUAUGUGCUGAACACUGUCUUGGCUAUUGGGAAGAAGAAACAGUCUGGCUCUAGCCGAUACUUCGCAGAGUCCAAACGUCUCCUUCCUGAAAUGAAGCAACUCAGCCGACUGGUCCACCGCUACGUCAAGACUCGUGAAUGGCUUGGUGUGGAAGAAGGGCAGGGAAUCCGCCGACUGGUUCACCGCAGCAAGCUUGGAGAGUGGAGCCAAGAACACAGGUUCUGGAAAGAUCCGAGCAAGACGGCCUUGUUGGAAGUGAGGACAGGUACAGUGUGUUCCUCACGAGAGCAACUCCAUGGGACGAUUGAACUUGACACUGGGCAUUACCACAGUGGAGAGCCCCUGAAGGUGUUCUUUGUCCCCAAAAUCUUUGGCAUGUUUGGAAAGAAAUUUGAGAACAAUCGUGUUCAGUUCUACAUAGGGUUUGGCAUCGAUCGUGGCUGUGAGGCUUUCAACCUGAAAGAGCUACCGAAAGUUGCUUGCAACUUCUGCAAGACACCCACGGAGGUCCCCUCAUUGGGACCCAAUCGCACUGCUCGUUGUAUGAAGUGCAAGAAUGUUGUAAGGGCCCCUGGAAAUGACUAGGACAAUGGAAUCUUUUGCCUAAUAAAUUCCUGCAGGUUGUUGAAUGCAAUUUGUGUUUGGAAGGGAUAUUAUGAGGAAGUUUUUAUAGAUAAAGAGUCCUAUAUCCUUCUCCCUGUUGCCCUACACAGUAGCCAGCUGCCAGUAACACAAAAUUUACCUCAGCAGAGUCUAUAACUGAUUUCUUCUGCCUCCUGUACGACACACCCUGUCUCACCAUACUUAUUAUCAUACUACUUACCCACAUUUCUCAGCAAUGCGUCAGACACUAUUGCGUGAUAAUGUUGAUGUCUAUUUUUUUAGAGGAAUCUUUAUAUCAUCAAAUACCACCGAAAUAUUUUCAGCUGCAUUGUGAAUAUCACAUUUACUUAUUAUUAAAGAGAGAUUGGGAAAAUUUAAUGAUCUACUGGUUGGAUGUUUCUAUUUUUAUACUUCUUACAGGAUUAAAGAUGACAAAAACCAUAAUAUAUUUUAUGAUAUUCAGAAGAUGUACAGAUGGGUUCAGUCACUUGGUGUGCCUAUUCAGAUUCUGUAUCAGAUUUUAUACAUGACAAGAUGGAAAUUUUAGACAUUUCUGGCUUUUUAUCAAUAUGUUUAUGUAGAACUUUUAAAAGUCUUGAUAUUAACUGCUUAAUAAACUCAAUACAUGGAUCAAUGUAGGUACACAUCAGAUUCAGAGUUGCCUGCAUAGCUUCAAUUUGAUGUGUACUAACCUGGAUAUUCAAGACUUUUUUUCAAGCAAGGUUUCAGUUUAGAUGAGCAGAAAAUCAUGUGGCAGUAUA